AUGGACUCUGCAAACUCAGAAACAUGGUGUCAAUUGGAAGCAAUAGAUAACAAAGAAGAUGAUAACGACGUCCGUCUCCUCCCUGCGGCAAAAUACGGAUGGCAGGGUCUCGUGGAAACUCUUCCUAAACAAGGCGUCAUUGCAAAUUGCCCUCAACGCAAGGGGAAAAGAGGGCACGCGGGAUUGACCUGUGCUGCUGAUCACGGCCAUGAGGGCGUUGUCCGGCUUCUGGUGGAGUACAGAGGCGACUUGGAGACCCGAAACCAAUCAACUGGUCUUGUUAGAGGGCUUGAUAAAACUUCAUCAUCCUGGGCGGCGGGGAGUGGGAAUGUAGGAGUGGAGCAAUAUCUACUAGAGGCUGGGGCGGACCCUAAUGGUGGAGAGAAAGAUGGUCGUCUUACACCGCUUGCCGUUGCAGCUGUCCGUGGAUAUGAGGAUGUUGUUUGGGUAUUACUGGAAAAGGAAAAUAUCGCGUUAGAUCGCAAAGGAACUCCAGAUGGUCGGACUGUAUUGUCACAUUCUACGGAGUAUGGACAGCAGGACAUUAUCAUCCGUCUAUUGGAGAAAGGUGCGGAUUCGAACUCGGGAGAUUUUGUCGGCAGGAGGCCUCUAUUCUGGGCUGGAAAACAAAGUCACAGAGCGACUGUUGGAAUUUUAUUGACAUGGUGCGAACGUGAAUCAACUGGAUGA